UUCAGUGCUGCUCCCUGCGACGCGCGGAGUGCGGAGCGACGAGACGCGCUGCAUACCAACAGAGACGUACAGGGAGCAGGCUAAUUAAGGCUCAAGUGGCGAUCUGCGACUGGUCCGGACGCACAGACCCCCUCCUGUUCUCUGACAAAAAACAUCUUGAUGUCAAGUCAGUUUGAAUUUCUCCUUUUGCUCUGAUGCAUUUUCUAAAAGAUUGCCUCUUUGCUUAAAGGCAGUCUGAGACAAACUAAGUGUCUGGGAUAUUUGUUUUUUUUUUUAUUCAGCGCUGAUAUUCUUCUGGCUGAGAGACUCCAUACAGGAUAAGACAAACAGCUCAUCUCUGUAUCUAUCUUUCCCUCUAAAGGAAAAGUCAAGUGGACUAGACUGAUGUUUUCGUCCAGUCACAUGUAGAAGAAGCGUUGGGACUAUUGCUGUUGACAUUUAUUCACUGGGUCGUUUUUUAAAUACACUGAUUCCCUGCAACGGCACCAUACGGGAGGAAUACCAAGACACAUUUGGCUGCAAAAACAAGCAGAAAAUCAAUCAGAACUCCAUCAUGGGCUGCCCCCUCUUGCGGAACGCGUUUGCUGGUUUGAUCCUGGUUUUGCUGUCGAAAGGGUCCAGUGUGCACGCAGCAGAAUACGGACACCUGCCGGACAACAUUACAGUGUUGGAAGGAGAAAGCGUCACUUUGAGAUGUCGGAUCGACGAGGAGGUGACCCACAAGGCCUGGCUGAACCGCUCCAACAUCCUGUUCACAGGGACAGACAAGUGGUCGCUGGACAAGCGUGUGACGCUGGCCAACAGUAACAACAGUGACUUCUCCAUCCACGUCGACAACGUACAAAUAACCGACGAGGGGCCUUACACCUGCACCUUCCAGGCCAACAACAAGCCCCGCAUCGCCCACGUCUACCUCAUCGUCCAAGUGCCGGCCAGAAUCGUCAACAUCUCGAGAAACGUGUCGGUGAACGAAGGAGAGAAUGUAAACCUCUACUGUCUGGCGGUCGGUCGACCUGAGCCCACCGUCACCUGGAAAGACCAGAAAUAUGGGCUGGUGAGUGACGGGGAGUUCCUGGACAUCACAGAGAUCAAGAGGCAGCAGGCCGAGGACUACGAAUGCAUCACCAACAAUGGAGUGGCUCCGCCUGAUCAACGCAAGGUCAAAGUCACGGUGAACUACCCUCCCAUGAUCACAGACAUGAAGAACAUGCCGGCUCAUUUGGGUAAAACAGCCAUCCUGCGCUGUGAAGCCAUGGCGGUCCCACCAGCUGCCUUCGAGUGGUACAGAGACGACCACAGGCCCGUAGAGAGUGACAACACCCUGAGGAUCAAAAACGAGAAGACACGCUCGCUGUUGCUGUUCACCAAUGUGACAGAAAAACACUUUGGCAACUACACCUGCUUCGCCUCAAACCGUCUGGGGGCUUCCAACGCCAGCAUGCUGCUGUUUCGGCCGGGGGCCAUACAGGGGCGAGGGACCGGUUUACAUGCAGGAAUGAGUGUCGCCGUGUGUGUUUGGAUUUCCCUCUCUGCUGUUCUUCUGCUGAAGGUGUAAAAGAGUCAAGCUCCACCUGGAAUAGUCAAACCCUCAACGUCUGUGAAAGCCCCGCCCCGUCCACCCCCUGCCCUCCCCUCCCCCGCCCCAGAAACCUCACCCCUCCCUGCCUCUCGCUCUUCCCACUCUACGGAAGGAAGAAGGAAAUUAAAUUCUUUAAUUACGAACCCAUCACUGUGAACAAAAAAGAAUAUGCAUUAAUCCAGGAGCCAUUGAAUCAUCGCAUAGAACACACCAACCACAUCACUCCCCGCUUGAAAAAAAAACAAACACCCACAAUUCAAUUUCGAGGUCAAACAUUGUCAUCAUCUCCUCCCCCCCCCCCCCCCCCCCCCCCCCCCCCUCUUACACACAGCCUGUCUCGAUCUUUUUGUCUCCCAGAAUGCCUUGCAGAUUUGUCUGACUUGGCAUUCCCCUCCUCACCCUUCAUUAUCACCACUCAGCUGAUGUUGAUAGAGAGUGUAAAUUAAUGAUUAUUGUGUCAGUGAUCAAUGAGAACAUAGGUAAUCUAACAACAGGAUGAUCAUUUAUUUAAUAUUCUACACAGACUAAUGACUGACCAACAAUGUUUGCCUUAUGGAAAUGAUACAUAAGAUCACAAUAUUAUGGUGGAUAUUUAUGGAAAUUAUAGGUUUAAUGUGGUACCGGUGGUCGUGUGACCUUUUGGAAAUUGUGGAAUUGGUGGCCAUGUGAAGUGUCACCCUUUGAUCACACACCUACACACACAUGUAUGGAUUUUUUUAAAUGUGUAGCAGUGAAGCUGCUAUGAAUGAUGUCAAAAUGUAAAAAAAAAAGAAAAAAAAAAGGGUGGGUGGUGAUGGCGUCAGUCUCAAAGACCCCUUUAUGUAACUCGGGGGGUUUAUUACCAAGGUCCCGCAUGUGGACACCCUCACUACCCAAACCUUUUUAACCCUCUUCACCCCCUCUCUGUUCUACGUGCUCUGUCUAGUCGCCCCCCCUCGCAUCGCUUUAGUGUUCUCUACUGCGUGUCAACCCCGCCCCUCCCCCCCAGUGUAAAUAUAUAUGCAGUAUAGAGGCCAUGCCGGCGACCUCAACUCGCCCGGUGCUGAACAACAUCUCCCAUCGGCCUCGACUUCGCGCCAGUUUUGUGAAGCAGCUAGAGACUGUCCGGUGACAACAAUAUCUUCUGUUUCAAAGCUGCUGCGGCUCCAUCCUCUUUGUCGCUUGUUGAUAGCAUGUACCGGUUAGAGAUGUUCCUGUUGUGAGUCCACACCCCCCACCCCCUCCUCCCUCCUUUUCCCCCUCCCUGCACUGUGUCUGUUCUCCUCUGCAAGGUUACCUGCUUUUACUUUUUUGGUGUUAAUAAUAGUACAGAUGAUGAUGAUGUUAAUAAGUAUUUGAAUAACUAUGAAUAGUAAUUCCAUGUGAGAUAAAGAAAACAAAAUGAUGGUAAUGAGCUGUGCGUGGGGAAAAAUAAUUUUUGUACUUAACUUGGAGAAGUCACACACAUUGAGGGAUGAAAAAUCAAUCAAAAAAAAAAAAACAUGUAAAGUUUUUUUCGAAGUGAUGUGCUCUAUUUUGCCAUGACAAGCUUUUGAAAAAAUGCAUUCAAAUCACUGAGGAUUUAAUUCAUCCGAGUCCAGGAGCAGUGACUGAUGAUUUGUAACAGUUUAUUUACUGGACUCCUUUUCAUAUGCUGUUAACUGCAUCACACACACACACACACACACACACACACACACACACACACACACACACACACACACACACUCAGCAUAUUUGUCCAUGCAUCAAAGUGUUUGUUUUUUUUGACCAGCUAGAUAAAUGAUUCAGAUCCGUGCCAGUCUCUGGUUGUGGCUGUGAGGCGGCUCUUGUUCGGCCAGACCGCAGAGAGAUAAAGAUGUAAUUAGCUGUUACCUGUGGCUGGCUAAGUGAAGGAGCCUGGGCCCCGUUUGUCCCUCCCCUGCCAACCUGUGAUGGCCCCCAUAAAUCAAGCUCAAUCCUACCACUGACAGGAAUCCUCUUCAAGGACAACGUCGCCUCGGUAGCGCCUGUUCCCCCUCUGGUGUAUACCUGUGACAUGCAGGCAUGGGCACUAAAAAAGCCCCCAUGGCACAAUUAUCCAUCCACCUCCCCCGCACAGCACAAACAGUGGGAGGUAAGCCUGUAUUACAACCACGAUGGCACUCGUUUCUCCGCUGAAACAUUGUUCCAUUCACAUGCAGGGACUAUAUGCAAAUUUGCCAUAACGAGCCUGCGCGGAGAGACGAGCUUGCUGAAACCAGAAUACUGCAACCUUAAAGGGGAAUUACUCAAUAUUAAAUUGUCUGAAUGUGUUUUUUGUUUGAUUUUGUUUCAAACCAGCAAUAACCCCUAACUCUACUGUGCAAGAGGUAUCAGAUAUGGUUAAAGCUGUGGUGUAAUAUCUGAAAAAUUUAACACGGUAUAUCAAAUGAGUCUGUUGUUGUACUUUUAAUGUGUACAGUACUCUGAAAUGAUUGUGAAACUCUGUUUAAAUGGCCCGAAUCUGAAAAAUACAACAUGUUGUACUCAAUUAGUCCUGCCCUCUGCGAUGUAUUUAGACCGUCUGUGUGACAGAACACACGCUGUUUGUGUAUGCAUCUUGUGUUGCUCCAAAAAUAAUGACGGAUUCCAUUUCAAGCACAAGAGCAGGUCGUCUGGUCACUGCUUCUGGUUUUUUUUUUUUCUCUCUCUAGGUCACUUCUUCAUCCUCUGUCUUUUUCUUUUUUCUUUGUUUCCCACACAGACACACUGUACUGUACUAUGUUCCAUGUCAGAGUCCCCACUGGGUUUGUCAGUGGCAUGUAACAUCUGUAUGUACAUAAUCUGUCCUUGAUGAAGAAAAGAAGAAAAAAACGAAAGAAAACAUGAAAAGAGGAAAAAAAAAAAAAAUAA